AUGACCCGCCAGAGAAGCCAUGCCGCCAGCCCAGGCGGCUUCAUGGCAGCUCUGUGGGCAUCCGAGCCCAGCAGCGCCUCCGCUCGUCUCCUGGCGGCAAAACUGGCCGGCUUUCGUGGGAAUCGCAGGCAGAGCCGCACCUGGCUGGCCACCAACAGCGUCUAUCUCAAGGUCAUCGGCGCUGGCUUUGGCCGCACCGGCACCACAUCCCUCAAGACCGCCCUCGGUAUCCUUGGAUUCCCUUGCUAUCAUAUGAGGGAGGUUAUCAAGAACCAAGACUCGCAGAACUGGAUCGAUGCCAAGCUGGGCAAGCCUGACUGGGACCGCAUCUUUGACGGAUACACCGCAACCGUCGACCAUCCCUCCACCGACUUUUACAAAGACCUCAUGGUCAGAUAUCCAGAUGCCAAGAUCAUCUUGACCGUUCGCGACCCUGAAAAGUGGUACAAGUCGGCCUCCGACACCAUCUUUGCCAUCCCUACACCUCCAUUCUACUUCCACCUGUUUCCAUUCUGCUAUUUGCCCGGUAUCUCGACCAUGAUCAAGUUUGAUCGGAUGCUCAAUGUUGUGAUAUACGCUCCCAAUGCCACCUUCAAGGGUGCGCAUAAAGACAAGGAGGCCAUCAAGCGUGUCUUCAGCGAGCACAUCGAGUCCGUCAAGCAGCACGUUCCUCCGUCCAAGCUGCUUGUCUUUUCCGUUUCGGAAGGAUGGGAGCCACUCUGCAAGUUCCUUGAAGUCCCUGUUCCGAAUGUCCCCUUCCCGCGAGUCAACGACACAGCCGAGUUCAACCAUCACGUCCAGUUUCGAGUCCGACUGAUCAGAAAUGUCAACUUUGUCAUGGGUUCAACCACGAUUGCACUCCUGGCUUAUGCUGGUUACUAUGUCUGGAAGCAGUAUGCCUGAAUGCUCGUGCAAACCUGAGGGAUUGGCAGCCGGGUGCUGUCUGGUUUGAGGGUCCUGGCAAACGUAAUAGUGUCUAGUGCAGUCGCUGGUUGUGCGGCGACUGGUGGUGCAGACCCCGAGUUGUUUGAGCCUUGGCCCCAGACCCUGUCCCCACUCCCCUGCCCCAGCUGUGGCAAUAUAUCGAUGUAUUGAUGUCCA